AUGAAAAGCCUUUAUCUUGUCGUGAUUGCAUUUUUGUCAUCAGCUGCAGCAGCAAAAGUUACAUACAAUGUGACAAGCUUCGGAGCAAAAGGGGAUGGAAACACAGACUCCACAAAAGCCUUUCUCAGCGCAUGGUCUUCUGCAUGUAACUCUACCAAGUCAGCCACCAUCUACAUCUCCACAGGCACCUUCUUGAUUGCAACUGCCAUCACUUUUGCAGGCGAAAGAUGCAUGAGCAGUGCAAUCACGAUACGCAUCUAUGGUACCCUGGUUGCUCCAUCUGAAUACAAUGCCAUUGCUAACUCCGGUGACUGGAUCAGAUUCCAUAGAGUCAACCAUGUCACCAUCUCCGGUGGUACCCUCGAUGCCAAAGGUGCUUCUCUUUGGUCUUGCAAAACCUCCGGGAAAAGCUGCCCAAAAGGAACUACGACACUAGGCAUCUACAAUUCAAAGAACAUUGUGAUAAGUGGGUUGAAAUCGGUAAACAGCCAGAUGUUCCAUAUUCUGAUAGAUGCAUGCACGAAUGUCAAGCUACAGGGAGUGAGCAUCUCAGCAUCUGGCGUCAGCCCUAAUACAGAUGGGAUCCAUUUAAUAUCUUCUACAGGUGUCACCAUCCUGAAUUCCAAGAUUGCGACUGGGGAUGAUUGUAUUUCUAUAGGUCCUGGAAAUACGAACCUGUGGAUAGAGAAGGUGGCUUGUGGCCCUGGUCAUGGCAUCAGCAUUGGAAGUCUGGGGUGGCAAUUAGAGGAACCUGGUGUCCAGAACAUAACAGUGUCAACUGUAACAUUUAGAGGAACCGAGAAUGGUGUGAGAAUAAAGACAUGGGCAAGGCCUAGCCAUGGAUUCGUAACUGGUGUUGUUUUCCAGCAUGUGACCAUGGUUAAUGUCCAAAAUCCCAUUCUCAUUGAGCAAAAGUACUGCCCAGAAGGUAAUAAUUGCCCGAAUCAGGUGUCAGGGGUGAAGAUUAAGGACGUGGUGUAUGAAGAUAUCCAUGGAACAUCAGCCAGCCAAGUGGCAGUGAAGCUAGAUUGUAGCCAGGGAAACCCAUGCAGUGGAAUAAGACUACAAGACGUCAAUCUUAACUAUAUUCGUGGGAAUCAAACUCAACCAGCGGUGUCCUCUUGUGCCUAUGCUGCUGGGACUGCAUCAGGCGUACUUCAUCCGACAAGCUGUCUCUAG